AUGGAUUCAACCACAGCAACAGCAGAACUGGGCUGGACCAUCUCGCCGUCACAGGGGUGGGAAGAAGUCAGUGGCUACGAUGAAAACAUGAACACCAUCAGAACGUACCAGGUGUGCAACGUCUUCGACAGCAGCCAGAACAACUGGGUACGCACCAAUUACAUCCGCCGCCGCGGAGCUCAGCGUAUCCACGUUCAGAUGAAGUUCUCAGUGCGAGACUGCAGCUCCAUACCCAACGUCCCCGGCUCCUGCAAGGAGACCUUCAACCUGUACUACUACGAGUCGGACUCGGACACGGCCACCAAAACGUCCCCGUCCUGGAUGGAGAACCCCUGGGUGAAAGUGGACACCAUAGCUGCCGAUGAGAGCUUCUCCCGGGUGGAUCUCGGGGGACGCAUCAUGAAGAUCAACAGUGAAGUCCGCAGUUUUGGACCCGUCUCUCGGAAUGGCUUCUACCUCGCUUUCCAGGAUUAUGGCGCCUGCAUGUCGCUCAUCGCCGUUCGAGUAUUUUACAGGAAAUGUCCCCGAGUGAUUCAGAAUGGCGCCGUCUUUCCCGAGACUCUCGCCGGAGCAGAGAGCACCUCUCUGGUGGCGGCGAGGGGAGUUUGUGUUCCCAACGGGGAGGAGGUGGAUGUACCCAUCAAGCUGUAUUGUAACGGAGACGGGGAGUGGAUGGUACCGAUCGGACGCUGCAUGUGCAAAGCCGGGCACGAGGCGGUGGACAACGGAACAGUCUGCAGAGCUUGUGUCUCAGGCUUCUUCAAGGCUGCACAGGGAGACCACUCGUGUCUGCAGUGUCCCAUUAACAGCAGAACCACCAAUGAGGGAGCAACUAACUGCGUCUGUCGCAACGGCUACUACCGCACCGACUCCGACCCUCCACAGAUGCCCUGUACAACCGUUCCAUCAGCUCCACAAAACGUCAUCUCCAUCGUGAACGAGACGUCUCUGCGGCUGGAGUGGACUCCUCCGCAGGAGGGCGGCGGCAGGGAGGACGUCGUCUACAACAUCAUCUGCAAGAGCUGCGGCAGCGGGCGAGGGGGAUGCACCCGCUGUGGAGACAACGUGCAGUUUGUUCCCCGGCAGCUGGGACUGACAGAAAACCGCGUCCACAUCAGCGACCUCCUGGCUCACACCCAGUACACCUUUGAAAUACAAGCUGUGAACGGAGUGUCUGACCAGAGUCCUUACUCGCCGCAGUACACCUCAGUCAACAUCACCACAAACCAAGCUGCUCCAUCAUCAGUUUCCAUCAUCCACCAGGUCAGCAGGAGCACGACCAGCAUCACUCUGUCCUGGUCCCAACCUGACCAGCCCAACGGAGUCAUCCUGGACUACGAGCUGCAGUACUACGAGAAGAACCAAGCGGAGUGGAAUUCGUCCCUCACGAGGAGUCAGACCAACACCGCCGUCAUCCGAGGCCUGAAACCUGGAACUAUCUACGUCUUCCAGGUUCGGGCUCGGACCGUCGCUGGAUUUGGACGCUUCAGCGGCAAAAUGUACUUCCAAACCAUGACUGAAGAGGAAUAUAACUCCAGCAUCCAGGAGAAGCUCCCUCUCAUCAUUGGCUCAGCGGCCGCAGGAGUCGUCUUCAUCAUCGCUAUCACUGUCUUCAUAAUAGUCUGUCGCAGCAGCAGGAGGAGUUCGGACAGAACAGAGUCCGAGUACACAGACAAACUGCAGCAGCAUUACACCAGUGGUCACAGUAAGUAUUGUUUGACUCCUCAGUGUUCUCUCGUCGUGGAGGAUCUGUUUAUGUCCUUAUUUUCUUUGUAUGUAUAGCUUUUUGCUGUCUCUUCUUUUCUCUCUGUUGAAGUGUCACCAGGGAUGAAGAUCUACAUCGACCCCUUCACCUACGAAGACCCCAAUGAGGCCGUCAGAGAGUUCGCCAAGGAGAUCGACAUUUCAUGCGUCAAGAUCGAACAAGUUAUUGGUGCAGGAGAGUUUGGGGAGGUGUGCAGCGGAAAUCUCCGGCAGCCCGGGAAGAGAGAGAUCCUGGUGGCUAUUAAGACUCUGAAGGCGGGCUACACUGAACGCCAGAGGCGGGACUUCCUGAGCGAGGCCUCCAUCAUGGGUCAGUUUGACCACCCCAACAUAAUCCACCUGGAGGGGGUGGUGACAAAGAGCAGCCCUGUGAUGAUCAUCACGGAGUUCAUGGAGAACGGAUCCCUGGACUCCUUCCUCAGGCAAAAUGACGGGCAGUUCACGGUGAUCCAGCUGGUGGGGAUGCUGCGCGGCAUAGCAGCAGGAAUAAAGUACCUGUGUGACAUGAACUACGUCCAUCGAGACCUGGCAGCAAGAAACAUCCUGGUCAACAGCAACCUGGUGUGCAAAGUGUCCGACUUCGGACUGUCCCGCUUCCUCGAGGAGGACACUUCAGACCCCACCUACACCAGCGCUCUGGGAGGAAAGAUUCCCAUCCGAUGGACGGCUCCUGAGGCCAUCCAGUACAGGAAGUUCACCUCCUCCAGUGACUGCUGGAGCUACGGGAUAGUCAUGUGGGAGGUGAUGUCGUACGGAGAGCGGCCAUACUGGGACAUGAGCAACCAAGACGUCAUAAACGCCAUAGAGCAGGACUAUAGGUUGCCGCCCCCGAUGGAUUGUCCCAGUGCUCUCCAUCAGCUGAUGUUGGACUGUUGGCAGAAAGACCGCAACAACCGGCCCAAAUUCAGCCAGAUCGUCGGCACCCUGGACAAGAUGAUCCGCAACCCCAGCACCCUCAAAGCCAUGACGCCGCUGUCAUCGAGCGUCCACUUACCUCUGCUGGACCGCAGCACUCCAGACUUCUCCUCGUUCAGCACGGUGGACGAGUGGCUGGACGCCAUAAAGAUGGGGCAGUACAAGGAGAACUUCACCAACGAAGGCUUCACCAGCUUCGAUGUGGUGUCUCAAAUGACCAUGGAGGACAUCCUCAGAGUGGGAGUGACACUGGCCGGCCACCAGAAGAAGAUCCUCAACAGCAUUCAGUCCAUGAGGGCCCAGAUGAACCAGAUCACUUCAGUGGAGGUGUGAUAAAAGGAACACACACACACACACAGACAGACAGACACCCGCUCUGUUUACUGUGGGGGGAAAACAAGGAGCCAUUAUCCCUGCACUCUCCUGGAUCCUCGGAGGAGGGCUGAAGACCUUCACACAGACUGAGACUUCAGCGUGACCUCAGCCCGCUCUAUCCCUCCCUCAGAACUCUUUGAGAAGGUUUGUCCAGUCUGCAGCGCAGCACAGGUGUUUGGUCGAUCUCUUACAGCUGGUAUUUCCACUACCACCAAGCCAAAAUUUUACCUAAGAAAGAACAAAAAGUUGCACGAGGAACACUGCUUGAAAUUAAAAUUCACAUCAGGUCAGGUAGAAAAGAAUCGAACGGAUACUGCAAAAUGUAAACUUCAGAGUUAGAUUAUAUUUGGUAGCACCCAUUUCUCUUCCAUAGGGAGUCUGUUUUUAAGUAUUUCUUCUUCUUGGUGCUUUUGAUGUCAUGCUCUUCCUGACAGAACAACACAAUGCUGUUGGUUUUAGAACUUUUUUCAGUUGGGAGGCCACAGGGCACAGUGCUGGAGACCUGUUUUUUUUACUAAUUAAAAAAAAGAUAACGUGUAUUUUAUCGUCUGUGAGGAUAAAAUGUCCGCAUGCAGUCGUGCCACAUUCAGCUGCUUCCAAAUGAAUACCAAGACAGUAAAACCUGCUGUUUGUAGUAAUGAUUUCACAGUAGUGAUUCCACUCGUGUGGUCAAACAUGACUUCAGGACGGUCAACAUCGUCAGCUGGCUGUGUGGUUUGUCUUCAUGUUGUUGCCAUAACUCCACAAGCUGCUCUUCUUCCAUAUCCCACUUGGCCCUGGGCUCAGUUGUGUUUAUGUUCACUCCCAUGUUUGAGUACGUAAACAUCCAGUUGGCUGGACGCUUUCCGGUCUGCUAAUGGGGCUGAUAAUAGUAAAGUGUGCAGCCAGCCUUAGCAGUGGCAAAAACAACAUCAGACACCACAAAAGCACAGUGUGUCCGUCAGGAAAUAGCAGCAUGCAAACCUGGGUUACCUGAGAAAGGUGAUGCAGAGCUGCUGGUGGAGGCAGCAGUAAGAGCUUGCAUGUUGAAAACACCUGAUUUGUUUUUCUAGGUUUUAGAGGCUUCAAUCUUUGCACUCUAAUAAAAGAACAACCUCAUGUUGUGUGCGCUGGUCAGGCUGCAGCACAUCGGUCACCUACCUGUGCUCUGUUUGACUCCGGUUAACAUUUCAUCAGUGUUCCUCGGACGCUGGUUUGGUUGGUUUUCCCCUCACCGUGAUUAUUGAGCACCAGACUGGAAUAACAUGUCGAGAUUUGCCCUUUAGAAGGGCCCUUUUAAAAAGGUUACCACAUACUUCAAUGCCUGUGCUGUCAGGAGCUGCAGACGCUGUUUUGACCGCCGAAAGGGACGUCUGAGAGGAAUCAAAAGAACCACGAAGCUCCUGUCCACACACAGACUUUUAAAAAAUGGCCUCCUUAAUGAACCCUGUGUGAGCUGGUCAUCUGAAAGGUAUUUUUUACACACGUCUUCUUGCCAACAAAGUGACAUUUUCAAACAUUGAAACACACUCCAGCCACCAGAUAUGGGCCGUAUGUAAAUGUCGAUUGGACCAUAUUCUGUCUGUCUCUCACUGUGAUCUCACCAUCCUCUUUACUGUGAAGCUGUGUAGAGUUACUGUCAAAGUUUAGGCCAUGGGUUUUGGGUUAAAGAAACAUUACAAUACAAAGCGUUCUCAGUGCUGCUACUACACUAAAAUAAAUCACACUCACACAUAUUGUACAUAUCAAUAUACUCUGCUAAGUUUUGGCAUUCAACCCAAGAAGAACCUUUUUUUUCACCACUCGUCCACAUAACGUGCAAUCUUUGUUCUAGUCUCUGAAUAUCUGUGAUGCUUUAUUUAAUGUGUGUUUGGUUUUUUUUUUUAAGAAAACAUCCACUACUGCCCUGAUUGUCCGAGUUCCCUCAAUGCCCGAUCGUUUUAUAGACACUACACAAACGUUGUACGGAAGUGUUUUCCACUCACAUAAAAUAUCUGGAAGCAACGGGAUCUGCAGCUCACCUAACUGAUUCUUUGUGUUUGUAAAGAGUCAGUGUGAUGACUAUAGACAAACUCACUCACUGCAUUUAAAACCCUCAGCAACAACACUUUAAGGAAACUCUCUGCAAACCUUUUCUUUACUGGGACCACCUCACCAACCCUCAACAUCUGUACUCUUGUUUUUUUUGUAAAUCUCAUCAUUGUGACCCACAGAUCAUAUUUCACUGAGAGACACUCUGUCACAAAAGAAGCAGUUUAAAUACAAGAUGGUGCAGCCUCCAUUUUUCUUUCCUAUGUUGAAACGUAAACACGUCCAUAAAGAAAUAAAGUAAGAGCAUCAGCAGGAAGCAGAGAGUCACUUUGAGAUAUAGACACCAAUGGAAAGAGAAAUAAGCAGAAUAAUUACCUUAAAGCUGUAAAUUCAGAAAGUUGGACUUGGGAACGCAGUGUGUUGUGCAUGAGACCACUUCUGUCUGUGAUGUUGCAAACGUGUACAUUCAACAGUCUGUCUUUGCACAGUUAUGACAGAUUCACAAUCUAGAUUUGAAGAAAUGGUGGUUGAAGUUUUUCCAAUCCAUUUUAUUCAUUCUCUUACCAGUGUUUUAAAUACCACUUAGUGUCAGCAGCUUUAAAGAGGACAUAUUAUCCCCCUUCUCCACCUUUUUCAAACAGUCCUCUGUGGUCUAAAUGAAACA